AAGUAAAAGUUAUAUAUUUUAAGAAAUUUCUGAGAAUGAAAGUUUCUUCAUAAACUGUUGUUUGAGCCCUCUUUUUCUCUGUCACUCUCAAGCAUUUUCAUUCACUUUUUAACAGUCAUCGCCAUCUACCCUUCAAAAGUAAUGCCUUUUAACAUCAAUGUCUACGUUUCUCUGAACCCAGCAAUAUAAAAUUUGAGUUUUUCAACCCAUGAUUCAAGCAGGAAAAUCAAGGAUUAUUUAAAUGAUAGGAAGGUUUAAAUAUAAGUAUUCAGAAAAGUUGAGCUUGAAAGCUCAAUAAUGAAUUCUUAACUACAGAGACGUGUAGAUUUUGGAUAGAGACAUAACAGGAUGCUAUAUCUUUUCUUUUUUCUUUCUUUCUUGCACUGCAACCUUCAAAGUCAGGAUCAAGAAAACGAAUUCAAAUGGGUUUAAUUUUUUCUUUUUCUUUUCUUGAUUGAGCACUUAGUUUCGUUACAUCAAGUUUCUGACUUUGAUUGUAUUUGUGACAUCAAUAACCUGUAUUUUUCUUAUCUUCAAAGCUCUGGGUUUUGGUAAGCCUGAUAGAGACAAACAACAAGCCCGGAAUUACUAGAGCCAAAAGUUAGACUUAAUGUUCUUGAAUGACAACCUUCCAGCAGCCUAUCCAACUUUCAAAUAUGCUGUAGAAUUACAGUUUCGUUUGACACGAUUCUCACUCUGUUUUUACAGCUCUGAUAAAGGGAAAAAGGUGUAAUUUUUUCCCGGUUCUGGAAGAUGGGUCCUAUAGAAAAAACAAACCCAAUACACGAUUCUCAACCCUUCAUUUAUAGCUCUGAUAAAAGGGGAAAAAAAGGUGUAAUUUUUGGAGAUGGGGUUUGCUCUGUUUUGGUUUUUCUUGAGAAAACAAACAGAAAAAUGGGAAUGUAGAGGUGGCAAAAUCACAGUCGUUGGACGAAGGUCCUAGAUAAUCUAUCGAGGGAAUAUAGUAAGUUUGCUGUAAAAUGAAGAUUGAUUGGGUAAGAGAGAGGGAGAGAGAGAGAGGCAGGCACGAAAAGAAGGGAAGGAAGGAGAGAGAAAGGAAGGCUUGGUCAACGGAACAAAUUAAAUUAAAAAUAAGAAGAUGAAGAUGAAAGCGCGUCCGUUUACGACGGAAAUGGGGACCCUCUAAGCCACUCAUCAUCGAUUUCCACUCUCUCUCUCUGUCUCUGUCUCUCUCUGUCUCUGUGCCGCCGAAUGACAGAAACGGAUAGUGUUUUCAACUCUCAACGGUUUAACCACGCCACAUCCAAAGAAAUUAAUAUUCUCCCUCUUAAUUAUAUAUAAUUAUUCACUAAUUUUGAUGAUUUUUUUUUACGAAAAAAAAUCAAUCCCGGCUUGGUGCAAAGGGAUUGGAGAGAGAAAGGUGGAGGAGAAAGGGAAAACAAGAAGCUGGUAAGGAGAGAGAAACAGAAGACAGAAAAACAGAGAGACAGAAAAACAGAGAGACGGAAACAGAAACAGAGACCUGGUAGAGACCCAGAAGAUGGUCGAAGAGAAAGUGCUCUGAGAUCAUCCUGAAGGGGCAGUAAUAGAAAAAUAAACCUUUCUUCAUUAUAUUUCAUCUCCUUCUUUCUUUUUCUUUGCUGCCUUUCGUCUCAACAUUCCUUGUUUUUUUCUGUAGCUUAAUAGAUCCACCCACCUACGUUUCUUCUUCCUUACAAAGAUUCAUACCACAUUCUCUUUGUGGGCUUCUAAUUUUACAUUUCCCCCCCCCAUUUUGACGACCCUUAUACAAAAAAACAAAAAACAAAAAAAAGAAUUUACAUCUCGAUCAGCUUCCCAUACGGACAGAUUCUUCUGCACCUUUUUUUCUUCCCAUUCUUCAAGAUUGGAUUAUAUUCAGGGAUUUCUGUGGAUUUAGUCUUGCUGAGCUGGGUAAUGAACUUCUUACCGGAAAAGGGAUUGUGGAACUGAUUUAAGAAUCAAAGAUGAGGAAUCCUUAUACGGUUGCUGGUCCUGGCAGCCCUUUUGAAUUCAAAUGCAAUUGUAACAUAGGUUUUUUCUUAGCUUAGCCUAAUUCCAUACGAAGUUCCAAUCGAUAUUUGUUUCUGGUUACGAGUGUUUGCAACGAGGUCGUUUGUAUAGAAAACCCUGGCGAUUUUGUGUAGUCUGUUGCAUAGCUCUGCGGCUAUUGGCCUCUGCUGCAUUGUGAUCACCAAGCGAUGGGGGAUGGAUGUAUCCCGAUAGCAUUUCGGUUCUCAACUUUCUUAGCUUUGAUUGUUGUUUUCGGUAUUGAAGUUUGUUUCUCACUUAAUGAUGAAGGAUUGGCGCUGUUGGCAUUCCGUUCUCAAGUAACUUAUGAUCCUCAUGAUGCUUUGGAUGAUUGGAAUCCAAAUGAGAAUGAUCCUUGCAGAUGGUCUCGUAUUCAUUGCGUUGGUGGUGAAGUCCACACCCUGAAUCUGAGUGGCCUUAUGUUAAAAGGGACUCUGACCCCAGAACUCGGGAGACUUAUUCAUUUACGAUCACUUAUUCUCUAUAAGAAUGGUUUCUAUGGCACCAUUCCUCGUGAAAUCGAAGGACUAACACAUUUGGAGUUGUUGGAUUUGAGGGAAAAUAACUUUAGUGGAACAAUUCCUGCAGAAAUAAGCAGGAUCUCCAAUCUAAAAUACUUGUUCCUUUGUGACAAUGAAUUUGAAGGCAGUGUCCCAUCAGAGCUUCAGAAUCUCAGCUCUCUGUACGAAUUACAGUUCGAUGAUAACCUUGUAUUUUUAUGGGAUGUUGAAGGUGGCAGUGUAAAUAGAAAGCAUGGGCACUGCAUCUGGCAGAGAAAUCCCAUCUAUAUGAAAAGUUUAGAUACUUCUGCAAGUGAGGAUAACGCAUACGUUCGAUACCUCAGCACCAUGCCAAACUCACUGCUCAAGCUUGAGAAGGACUCUCAGUCUGACCUUAAGGAAAAUAACGAUGAUAAUCUCCCUAGUUCUGUUCCACAAGAUGUGGAUGACACUGUACAGAAUCUUGUCAAUACUCAUCGGCGUAAGCUGCUCGAUGAAUCAACCAACCUUGCAGCUGUUCCUUCUAGCAUUGUAUUGCCCUCUUCGGACUCGGUCUAUACUGUUACAAGUCCUAGAAGUAGUGGUACUUUCCCUGCUGUACCAAAUAAACCUAAAAAGGAACCUCCUCCGCCCGAACCAGCGCCUCUUUCCCAACCUCUACCAGAGAAUACCUCAUCGCAACCCUCGGAUACACUGCCAACUCAUGGAAUUGAUAAUCCUUCUGGACAUUUCUGGAAGUAUGCAAUCAUAAUUGGAGGUGUAUCUUUAUCACUUAUUUUGGCUACCAUAAUCUUCUGCAUGUGCCGAAGCCGAGGCGUCACGACUAUUGGUCCUUGGAAGACUGGAUUGAGUGGGCAGUUGCAGAAAGCAUUCAUAACAGGUGCACCGAAAUUGAAUCGACCAGAAUUGGAAGUAGCCUGUGAGGAUUUCAGCAACAUUAUUGACACUUUUGAUUGUAGCACUAUCUACAAAGGAACACUAUCAAGUGGAGUGGAAAUUGCUGUUGCAUCAGUCUCAGUGACUUCCUCUAAGGAUUGGUCAAAGAGUUCGGAGCAAACCUAUCGGAAAAAGAUCGAUACAUUGUCACGGAUCAACCACAAGAAUUUUGUUAAUCUUCUUGGCUACUGUGAGGAGGAAGAACCCUUUACUAGGAUGAUGGUGUUCGAGUACGCUCCAAACGGAACUCUUUUCGAGCACCUGCACGUUAAAGAAGUUGAACAUCUUGACUGGGCUUCAAGGAUGAGAAUAAUUAUGGGAACAGCAUAUUGCCUUCAGUAUAUGCAUCAUGAUCUAAAUCCCCCAGUGGCACAUACAAAUCUCACAUCAACAGCUAUUUAUUUAACUGAUGAUUAUGCUGCCAAGAUUGCAGAGAUAAUUUUCUUAUCAAAUGGGGUAUCGAAAUAUAACAACACAGGCGACCACGAUAACGAGCAUUCUGAGUUACCGCCCCUCGCGGAUCCAGAGUCAAACGUGUACAGUUUCGGAGUAUUGUUGCUUGAAAUCAUCUCAGGAAAGCUGCCAUACACAGAGGAACAAGGGCCCCUUGUGAACUGGGCUUCAGAGUUUCUAAAUGACAAGAGGAGUAUAAGCUACAUGAUUGAUCAAAGUCUGAAAUCGUUCAAAAACAACGAGCUGGACGUGAUCUGUGAGGUGAUACAAGAUUGCAUCAAAUCAGAUCCAAGGAUGAGACCAACAAUGAAAGACAUCGCUGCCAAACUACGAGAAGUGAUAGGAUUGUCACCGGACCAAUCCGUUCCAAGGCUUUCUCCCCUCUGGUGGGCUGAACUGGAGAUCUUAUCAGUGGAGGCUACUUGAAGAAGACGACGACGACGACGACAACGACAACGACAAAGAAGAAAACAAAGAAGAAGAAGAAGAACAGCAGUGGCGUGUCUCCUUCUGUCUCCAUUGUUGCAAGUAUAGUAUGUUUUUUUUUUCUUUUUGUGUGUGUGUUAAUAUCUAAAUACAAAGGAUAGCCUGUUUCAAACUCUGGAUCCUCCUCCUGCUCUCCCCUGUGCUGUUCAUUUGCUUUGGUCUCUCAGCCUCAUCAACACAUGGAAACCCAACCCCUUUCUUGUUUUUCUCCUGUUCCCUUUUAUUUUUCUGUUGUUUUGAUGUAAGCAAAGCCCCUCACUAUUCAUUUGAUUCAAAUUCUUUUCCCACAAUGUCUUAUAUAGCUUAUGGCUGAUAUAUCAGUAAGGGUGUGGAUUUGGAGUUUGUGAAGUGGGGGAUGCCUUUUGUUUUCCUUUUCUUUGUUACUUACUUGGUUGUGUAAUCUUUAUUUUAUCAAACUUUGGGAUGUAACAUUCUAAUACACAAAAAUACAUCUCAAAUGGAGUGAAAUAAUACAUAAAUUUGUUAAAA